AUCUAUUAUUAAAUGUGCCUCAGGAUCUGAAAGAGUUUCGCCGCCACCCUUCCAUUUAUCUGAUAAUUUUGUUUGGAUAGCGCCGGGGAUUUAGAUUCGCGUGAAAGGUUUCAAAAGCUGUGCAAAUGCAGGUCAGUUCUGGCGAAAAACUGAGUGCGUCGAUCUUCCCGUCACAUUUUUAUAGUUGGAAAAAUAAUUCUGAUGUUAAGACUACAAUCAGCGUUGGUAAACAAUAAAGAAAAACACUGACCAUAUCGGAUAAUCGGAUGUAGGUAUUAUUCUAAGAAUAACUGACAGCAGUUGAAAUGUUUAUCGUGUUCGUUUCUUUCAUGAUCCUUUUCGAGAUAGAGGUACUUGCCAACUACACCGAGGUUAAACUAACAUCAGAUGGACCCCUGCACGUAAAGCCGUUCCUAUUCGAGAACAGCAGCAUCCACUUCAAUAUCACAUUGGAUAAUAACUGCGGUAAUUGUUCAACGAAGGAGAUUUACGCUGAAAUUUACAAUAUAGAUGGAGAAUGCAUUUAUUCAAGCUACGAUAAUAUUACGGAUUACAACAGUAUAAUAAUUCCAAGUUUAAACAACAGCGACCUGUUUGAAAAUAUAUUGCCAGGUUCCAUUUACAUGAUAAAUAUAGAAUUUGAAGACAGCCCUGCGAUUAAGAAUUACACAGUGCCUGAGUGUGUAGGGAAUUAUUGUGUAUGCGUGACGCAAUGGACAAAUUUGAUAAAACUGAUUGACGUGGAAUUUAUCGGGGACCAUGAUUAUAGAGUGCAUUAUUCCUCUCAGAAUACAAGUUUGAAAAAAGGAAAUUAUCACAUCACGAAUGCUUUUUAUAUAAGGCAGGACAACAAUGAUCGCUUUGACGUACCUAAACUUAAAUAUAUAAAAAGCGCAUUUGAAAUUCCAAUGGAAUAUUUAAGACAUGGGGAUGUCUAUAAACUAGUCAUAGAAUAUACGGACGAUAAUAACAUUAAUCCAAUCUGCAAAUAUAAGUCCGAUCUUAAGUUUGUCGCACAACUCCCAUCCAAACACGACAAUUUCCUGAACUUCAAAAGAAUAAGCAUCUUUGUAUUGUUCUGCCUUGCGUUAAUAUUGCUGUGUAUUGUUGUGAAGUGGUCACUAUUUUCAUCUAAGGCCUUAGAAAGUAUUAAAAAAGUUUUAUUUUCGGACUACAGAAGAUCUCCGAUUAUCCAGAAUUUAAAAAAGUCUUCAUUUAGUUUGCCUAAUCAAGAAAUAAACACUUUGUAUACGCCUUUGGAAGUAUUAGAAGAUCCUUAUGAAUUUCCUCGACAGAACAUUGAAAUAAAAAAAGUCUUAGGUGUGGGAGCCUUUGGAGAAGUGUAUUAUGCCAAAGCUUACAAUCUAAAUGGUAUAUCAGGGUUCACGAUGGUUGCCGUGAAACUGCUAAGAGAAGGUGCUCCUAAAGAAGAACAGACGGAUUUCUUGGCGGAAAUAAAAAUGUUCAAAAACAUUGGCGUUCACAAGAACGUCGUUAAGUUUCUGGGCUGUGUGACAAAAAGUCAGCCGUAUAUGACUAUAAUGGAACUGGUAGCAAACGGCGCUUUGAAAGAGUAUCUUUUAAAAUUGAGAGAAAUAUGGAUCAAAAACAAAGACAGAAGGCUUUUCUUUCCAGAUGACAUGGACGAAAAACUGUUAAAAAUGUCCGACCCAAAAGAAUCAGAUUAUAUAAUGAGGUUUGAUGCUGACGUGCAAACUCCUCUUUUGUCAGAUAUCGGCAGCCGGCCCGAACCAGUGCUGGACCACAGGGAAUUAGAGAAUUUUGCUCUCCAGAUCGCCACCGGGAUGGCCUACUUGGAAAAAAUUCCCGUAGUUCAUAGGGAUUUGGCGGCGAGAAAUAUUUUGAUCACGAAAGAGAAAAUAUUGAAAAUAUCGGAUUUUGGGAUGUCUAGGUGUGGUCCGUACGUCAAUCGACAUUUCAAGAAAGUGCCCUUGAGAUGGAUGGCCAUUGAAGCCAUUGAACAGUUCAAGACUGAUAGUAAAAGUGACGUGUGGUCAUUUGGGGUGCUCUUGUGGGAAAUCGGCACGUUAGGGGCAUUUCCUUAUGAGAAUAUACCAAACGACUUAAUCCUGCAAGCGUUAAAAUCGGGGGCUCGUCUUUCCAGACCGGAAAUCUGCACCGACGACCUCUACACUUUGAUGCGGAGGUGUUGGAUUGAGAACCCUAAAGACAGGCCGACCUUCGCAGACAUCGUCGAGGACUUUAACGCCAAAAAACACGUCUAUGUGGACUUUAACCGGGUGAAUCCUAACUAUGUAUUCCCACCUACGGAUCCGAAAUAGUGGUUUUGAGAUAGUUCUGGAGAUAAAAUCUAAAAGGCGAAAUGACUGCCAAACCAAGCGAUCGAAGGUUAGAGCUGACCCAAAGAAUUCUACUCUAAACCACUAUGUCAACUACAUUCUUUGAGAUCUUGAAGAGUUUGUUAUAAUUAACUGAAGAAUUGUGAUCUAUGUAAAGCUAAACUUAUUAACAACAGUAUUUAUUUUAAAGUUCAAAAAGGUGUAUAUUUGAUUGAAUAUUAAAGCCGAAUCAGUUGUAAGUGUUGUGAGAAAAUGGUACAAAAUCAUAGGAUAUUAGAAACUAAGGUACCUAAUUAUUAGUUGUAGGUAUAUAUUAACGUUAAUUUAUAAUGUGAAUCUUAACUACUAUCCAGAUAAACGACAAUAAAGCAUUUUUUUUA